AUGUACAAAGAUGAUGAAAAUCGGGGUGGUACUGGUGCGCCAAUGAGACGGAUGAUUCGCAGACCGAGGAUAUUGGCUCGACGAGUUGUUCGGAAAAAGUCGCCGAACAUUCCAAGUAGUAUUGAAACCGCGGAUCCAAAGCAAUGUUCGAUAGAGAAGGAAGAAUAUAGCGAUGAUAAAAUGGAUGAAGCUUCUCGCGCUGAAGCCAUAUUUGGUUGUGCUGCUCUUGGUGAAAUAAUUCGAAAAAAUCAGCCGUUUCCUAUCACUGAGCAUGUUCCGGUCUUCGAUGACAGUCAACUCUGUAUGCGUUUUGGUAAUGAGGAAGAUGUAUCAGACCGCGUUCGCAUGAUUGGUGUCACUCUUGCCGAACAUGCUUUAAAAGCUUUGAGAACCGUUUCAGAAAAUGAAUCACGUUUUCAAUUUACGUUUCCCAAAGAGGCUGCAAAAGUCAACUUAAAUUCAGCGGAUGACUCAGCUAGUGUAUCUCAAAUAUUAAGUGGUUCUCAUCCAGUAGAACAGGACAAUCCAUCUGCCUCAUCUUCCCGGAGUCCCAUCAUUCUUCGGAUCACGAGAACGAAGUCCGGUAGUCGGGAAGUUUCCACAGGUGAUCACACUGUUCGUCAGCAUGUGAAACGAAAGGAAUAUCCUAAAAACCAGGGAAAAGCGGGUGCUGUAACGCGUAAGAAAAUGGCAAAAGAAUAUGAUUCCCCGACCACAUCAGUUGAGUGUGGAAGUUCUAUUAAGCGAAGAAAAAGCGAUGCUGAUGUUGUUGAACAUCUUACUCGCGAGGAGAAAGCUCUUGUCGACCAGGUGUUACUACUUUGUAGACAAUUCAUCAGGUCAAUAAAUUAUGCUGAUGCGAGCUGGUAUAGUAAACUUAAAAAGGCUGUCUAUUUGCGACUGCAGCAGCUGGUGGAGAAUAUGAAGAAUACAAUGUCAAGACGUAGAGAAUUACGCGAACGUAAUGAGGAACUUCGCAAAUUGCAUCAGCAUCUCAUUGAUCGGAAUCGGAUCAGUGAGCCUCAAUAUGCAUAUGAAGAGGUUCUGCCAGAUCCUAGCACUGAAAAUUUGGAUCCUCAACAAUCAGAAUAG